AGGCGAAAAGAGACUGACGCUGACUGUCGCUGAGUGGAAAUUUUACUUCGACGCCGUCCGACAGACCAACGCUCGGUAUCCACCCAUCCUCGGCUGCCUCGUGCUCCCCUGUCGUCCCCCAGAGACCCACGGGCUAGCCCGGUAGUGCGGCCGUGAAUCCAGCCUGGCUCGUGAGCUCGGGGUCCCUCCGCCGAGGCGUGUUAAAGGCCGGUUCCUUAUUGGAGUGCGGUGCUGGCGUGAGUGAGUAAGUCAGUCAGAAGUGUCCCUUUCUUUCUGUGUUUUGGUGGGCGGGUGUUGCAUUGAAGGCAGAGACCGCUGCCAAGAUGAGUGACGCCGGGAACAACGGCGGUGGGGUGGAUAUCGAUUUAUACGCGGAUGUCGAGGAUUUUGGCAAUACCAGCCUGACGCACGAGGAUGACGACCAAGAUGACGACCCCAUGGGGGGCGGUGGGGGCACCCGACAGGGUAGUCAGACGCGAGAUACGGCCGGCGACUUGUACGAUGACGUGUUGGCUUCGUCGGGAUCGGAUAUCAAACGCGAAACAGCUCGAUCCGAAGAUGGGCGGGAGGGCUCAGUGCCCUCCACGCCCACCCAGACAAGUGGAGGCCUAGGCGGUCACACCCGGCGUUACCAGAUGUAUGUGGGUAAUUUGACCUGGUGGACCACGGAUCAAGAUAUCAGCGAUGCCGUGCAGAGUGUGGGCAUUGGCGACUUCAUCGAGGUCAAGUUCCACGAGAACCGCGCCAACGGACAGUCCAAGGGCUUUUGUUGCGUCUCCUUGGGCUCGGAGACGUCGAUGAAGGUGCUCAUGGAGAAGUUGCCCAAGAAGGAGUUGCACGGACAGAACCCGGUGGUCACGUAUGCCACCAAGCAAGCCCUGAUUCAGUUCGAGUCGCAGAGUAAGACGCGACCCCCGGCCCAACCUCCGGCUAGUGCCCCAUUGCGCGGCUCACAUCCACCCAUGGGCGGUGGGCUGGGCCGUCCCCCUUUGGGGCGGGGUAUGCUGCGCGGCCCCCCACCGCCCUUUAGCCGACCUCCGCCUGGCGUGAGUCGUCCUAUGUUGGCUCGACCACCCCCGUUGGGGGGUCCGCCUCCACUCAUGGCCAAUCCGCCGCCGAUUAUUCCCCGUGUGCCACCGCCGGGCAUUCCCCCGGCUCCUCACGUCAACCCGGCCUUCUUCCCACACGGGGCCCCGCCCGCUUCCACUUCGUACGGCGUGGCUCCCGGGCACGCUCUCAGUGAAAUCGAGUUUGAAGAGAUUAUGGGCCGCAAUCGCACUGUGUCCAGCUCAGCCAUUGCCCGCGCCGUUCAGGAUGCCGCGGCCGGCGAAUAUGCCAGCGCCAUUGAAACUCUGGUUACGGCCAUAUCCCUGAUCAAGCAGUCGAAAGUGGCUCACGACGAUCGUUGUCGAAUCCUGAUAUCCUCGCUGCAAGACACACUUCACGGUAUCGAGAACAAGAGCUACGGUGCUCGACGGGAACGCUCGCGGUCUCGCGAGCGUGAGCGCCACCGGCCUGCCCGCCGUCGGUCUUACAGCCGUGAGCGCGAGCGCGAACGCGAACGUGAUCGUGAACGUGAACGCGACUAUCGACCAUCGCGCGAAUACUACCAUCGAGAUCACCGAGAGCGUUCACGUUCCCGAGAUCGUGACCCACACCAUCGACCCCCGCGUGAGGAGCGCUAUUAUGAUGAACGUUACAAGGAGCGAGAAUAUCGGGAACGCGACCGCGAGUCCAGUCGAAGCCGUCGCGAAGAAAUGGAUCGCGAACACCUGGACCGCGAGAAAGACCGCCCUCCCCGCCACUAAAUAUAAGCGACGCUCAGCCCCAUCAUCUCACCUAGUUAGCACCGUCUCCUUCCUGAUCUGAUUUCUACCCCCUUCCUGUUAUUGUUUAUUUUCCACUUGAAGAUACAUACCCUCUACCGUCGAACCAUCGUCCUCGCUCCCCUUCAAGAGCAAGCACACCAACCUCAACCAACCAACCAACCAACCAACCGAUUGGAACCACCGCCCCUCUCACUCACUCACUCUCCUAACGAAGAAAGCGAUCGUCUCUGCCCCAAGAGAUGUCUUCCUUCCCUCGAUAAAAUUUGGAUGUAAUUUGGUGUGAAAUAAAUGUGUCCGUAUCUCAUUCGCUCGUAUUUCAUAUCCAUUGUGUUCCAAUCUUGUUCAUUUCUUCACAAUGUCUUCCUUUCUUGUAUUUUACUGUUUUACUCAUGAUAUUUUUCGUACUGCGAUUUUCACUAUUUUCAUGAUGAUAAAAAUGUUGACUGUUAAUGUCAUAUUUGUUGGAUAUGAAUCGAAUCCAAAGACUCGGCGAGAUAUUCCCGACUCGAAUUAAAGUCCAGACUGUCUCGCCCUGGCUACGUAUUACUCCUUUCUGAUUUGGUUCACCAUUUCUGAUGUACUCACGAUCCCAUUGACGUGUUACAAAGGAUUGAUUGGCACUGAUGAACUAUGUCAAUCAUCUGGAAGGGGGGGAGGGGGUCUUCCUCCUCUAAUUUUAUAUUGAUUUCCUCAUUUGUUCGUAUUUUAACAAAUUCAUAACCAAUGCUCAUUUCUGUGAUAUCUCAUUCAAACCCAUAUCAAUUUUUAUACUCAUGAUGUAAAACUGGCUGUGAAAAUGUGCAAGGUAAGUUUCAAGAUGUUACGGUUGUAAUCAAUACCAAUUGUCGAGGUACACCUUGCCUUGUAUGCUUUGAAGACCAUGUGUCAAUAAUGGAAAUCAUUUUCCAUGCACUUGCGAUGCUGUCACUUGCCAAAGUGUCUUUUGUAUUCCAAUGAUUUCGGUUGAUUGGAAUAAACCUUGAUCGUUAAACGCG